AUGCUCAACAAAGCGCAAGUGGUGGAAAAACUGGCCGAGUUGCGACCUAUACGACGGGCCGCACAGCUCACCGUUUAUGCCUUGAUGAAGGCAAAAAUGGCCGGAAAAGAUGCGACAACCAAACUGCUGAAGUUCAAAACAGUUCGCCAGAUACAACAUGAGGCGUCGGGACUGCCUAAAAACGUCGGGGAGAUGGGGAGAAAAGCCGGAAGACUCCGGGAUUCUUUAGUAAAGGAUGUGAAAGACGGGAUAAGGGACGCUUCGAAACAAGUUAAAGACAAGGACAAAUGA